AUGCAGAACAGGGAGGAGGAGGUGACUUGGACCAGCUUCAGGACCAUAUUCCUGGAGAAAUACUUCUUGGAUAGCGCCAAACAUGAGCGCAAGGCCGAGUUCCUCACCUUACAACAGGGGGACUUAUCAAUGCAGGCCUAUGUUGAGAGGUUUGAGUAUCUCUCAAGGUUCUACUCACAGACAGUGACUGAAGAAUGGCGCUACAUGAAGUUUGAAGGUGGUCUCAAACAUGAACUGAGGCGCUUUAUUGUACCACUGAGGAUACGUGAGUUUCCAGUUUUGGUCGAGCAGGCCAAAAUUGUGGAACAACUGGAGAUGGGGCCCAACUGGGUCAGUUGCACACAGAAGAGUAGCGUUGAGGGCAGACAACAUAAGAAGCCCUACAGUAGACCGGCAUCAUCCUCACAAAAACUAAGGUGCUAUAACUGUGGAGAAGAGCACCUUAGGAGAGACUGCACCAGACCAGCUAGUAGUGGAGGCAAUAGGAUGAGCACUCGCAAGUGUUAUAUUUGUGACCAGCCAGGACAUUUUGCUAACAAAUGUCCUAAUAAGAAGACCACUCCAGGAGCACGGUCUCAGCCACCUUCGUCUGAUAGGCCGAGAGCAGUAGGCCGGGUUUUUUCUAUGACCACCACUGAGGCCACCCGGUUAGGUAAUCUCAUCUUGGACUACUGGUUAUUAUUUGGUAACAGUGUUUUGGUGCUUUUUGAUUUAGGAGCUUCGCAAUCCUUUAUAUCCCAUGAUUGUGUGAAGAAACUGGGAUUGUCUACUCGUGACCUGGGAUGCGAGUUGGUAGUUUCGACACCAGCAUCUGGACAGGUUUCAACAAAUUUAGCCUGUGUUGGAUGCUUGAUGGAGGUAGAGGGCAGACGCUUCAAGGUGAACCUCGUUUGCUUUCCCUUGGAGGGAUUGGAGGUUAUACUGGGAAUGGACUGGCUGUCUAUUAACCAUGUGGUGAUUGAUUGUGGACGGCGCAGAAUUGUGUUUCCAGAAACUGAGGGGUUAGAGGUUGUGACCUCACAUGAGGCCGAAAAAGAUAUGAAGCAAGGAUAUACUUGCUUUGUGUUAGUGGCCCAAGAGAAGAAGAUAAGCAAUGAAGAGCAUAUCAGUCGAAUACAAGUGGUAGAUGAAUAUGUCGACGUAUUUCCAGACGAGAUACCCGAGUUGCCACCCAGAAGGGAUAUAGACUUCUCAAUUGAUCUAAUCCCUGAAGCGGGUCUAGUGUCAGCAGCUCCAUACAGAAUGGCACCAGCGGAACUAGCAGAGUUGAAAAAGCAGAUCGAGGAUUUGCUAGAGAAGAAAUUCAUCUGA